AUGCUCCGAGAAUACGGUAGGAACGAGAUUGCGGACUGUAGGCAAGAAAGUUCUAGAUGCGAACCUGGGCGCCGAUCGGAAACUGAUAAUAUACGAGAAAAUGAUACCGGAACUGCAGCGGCGAUUAAAAGCGGCGGAGUGGAUGAGCGACGGGACCGUCUAUCGAAAACGACCCGAAACUGAGCAUGUAGACUGUGGAAGAGUGUUGGCAGGCGACAAGGUAUCGAUUGGGCGCGGCUAGCGGGACAGAGGUUCGGUAUUUGCGGCACCGAAGUUCACAGAGGUUUUCAGGAGUACACCCGGUCCCUGACGGGUGUAUACCGGGUUCCACUCAUCGAAGACCCGACCCUGAACAUGUCCUGCGAGGCGAUUCGGUCCAGACUCCUCCAACCAACCGGCACCGUGCCUAAACCGCUCAAAUCCGGCAUCGCAUUCGCGCGAAUCGUCUACACGGACUACGAAUUCAUCGAGAAACAAGUGCAAACAUCGUUCCACCCUCAAAAUGUGUUCUGUUUCACCAUCGACAAAAAAUCGCCGCCAAACUUUCACGAAAAGAUGCGCGCGCUGGCGAUGUGUGUGCCAAACGUCAUCCUACUCCCGGGUACCGUAAUCCACAAGCGCGUUUUUUUCAUCAAUAAUUCUAGGAUUGCAGCCACAGAAGAGUACGAUAGCGACGGGCACAACAACAAUCUGGCACACUUGCGAUGUAUGCGCGCAGUGGUGCCGCUGGCUGGCUGGAACUAUCUGAUGCUCUUGCAAAACCACGAUGUCAUCACUAAAUCCGUUUAUGAACUCGAAAAAGUGUUCGAGAUGCUCGGCGGCGUCAAUGACGUGGCAAUCGGCGCGGAGAACCGAAAACGACGCGUCCGGAUGCUGAAGUGGGAUCCGAAAUCGCUGAAACUCUUUCGAAAUGGUACACUUUUGCUACUGAAAAUUCGACGACUGCUUUUCAGAGACCAACAUCGCUUCUACCGUACUCGAUGAGCCGUUGAAGUUCUCAACGGGUUAUAUGCAAGGUUCAUUGUGUCGAGAAGCCGUCGAAUGGCUCACCAACGAGGUGGACCCGCUGAUCGCCAUCAACCAGUGGAAUCAAUCGGUAAAACUGGAAAAGUUUGCAACAACUUUUUGUUUUUGCAGAAAUUCGGAAGCGACGAGCAGUUCUUGUCGAGUUUUCAAAUAAACGAACAACUCGCGAUGCCGGGACACUUUACGGACGAGUGUUUGAAGCAGAACAUCGGUGUGGCACCGAUCACGAGGUACACGGUCCGAUCCAGCGGGGACCAACUUGCUAGUUUCGUUCAGAAUGAGCCAAUGGGCGGUGGGGAAACGGGAAAAUUGUGCGACUCGACAAAUCCGUCACAACAUUUGUCUUUUUGGCAUCGAGGACUUGAGAUCCGCCGCCACGCUGCCGUUUUUAAUGUUCAAUAAGGUUUUUUGCCGCCCCGGGUUUUUUUGAACAUUUUCCCUAUAUUUUCUUGUCCAGAUGCUUCCCUCGUUCGAUUUUUCGAUUGUCGAGUGUAUCGGCGAACUUUUGCACAAUCGGACCCAUCUGGCACAAGCGGAUCAUCAGUUGGACGAGAGUUUUUACGAAAAUAUGGUUACUGUAAGCCAAGAAAAGAGAAAAAAGGUUUGAGAAGCAAUUUCUUGAAGGUACAAUAUCACAAGCAUCACCUGGAACCGGGCUUCGUCUUGAAUUGCACGUGGAACUCGAGUGUGUGGGCGUAUGAUCCGAAUUUUUAG